GCCGAGAUGGGCCGCUUCCUCCGCCAUGGGGCCGGCGGCGCGGACGACCCCCUCGAGGCCUGGGCGAGGGAGCACGCGGGCGCGGGGCCGGCCGCGAUCGAGGCCGUGCGCUCGCCGCGGCGCUGCGGCUUCGGGGGCGUGCUGCUCGUGCUGGACGGACUGGACCAGGCGGGCGGGCCGGUGGAGGUGGCCGAGGCGUGCAGGUGGCUGGGGGCUUGGGCGCAGGAAGACACCGACGCGCGCUGGGCAGUGGCGACGACUCGGCCUGAGGUUCUGGAGGCGCAGCCGAUCGGCAGGUGGGCGCCGCGCGCUCCCUUCGCGGCGGUGCGGCUGCAGCCGCUCGGGGCGCGGGGCUGCGAGGAGCUCUGCCUUGGGCUGCUGCGCCGCCGCACGCAGGAGGCUGCUGGGCGGGCCGAGAUCGAGGACAACGAGGGCGCGGAGCACGGGGAGAGGGCGCGCGAGCUGGCCGCGGGCGUGCGCGAGCUGGCGGGGCCGCGGCAGCCGCUGUGGCCCGGCCUCGCCGAGCUCCUGUGCCGCUGGCUGCUGCAGGAGGAGGCGGAGGCGCCCGAGGGGCCUCGGCCGUCCAGCCUCGGCGCCUACGGCGCCUGCGCGCUGGGCGCGGGCCUGCUCUGGGCCCGGGCCGGGCGCCUCGGGGCCCCCGGGGCGCGCGGGCAGCUGGAGCCGGGCCUGCGCUCGCUGGCCCUGCGGCUGUUCCAGCGCGGCGACUGGUGCGCAUCCGACAGCGAGGCCGGGCAGCUGUCGCUGCUGCCGUUCUUGGUGCCGGCCGGUGCGGGCCUGGUCCGCUUCGUCGCCCCGGCCUUCCAGGAGCACUUCGCCGCCGCCGGGCUCCUCGAGCGCCUGGACGUGCCGCCGCAGGUGCUGGGCGCGCGGCCGCUGUGGCCCGGGGUG